AUGGAUGAUCCAACGAUAUAUGAAGGAGUGUUUGACAACCUUAUGCAACAGAUUGAAGAAGGUGAAAAUGCAGAAGAGAUCGUGAGAAACAUAAAGGAAUCGACCCUUCAAGGACGUCUGAAAACAUCGGAGAAUCCAUCGUACUUUAUCAUGACCAUAAACAUGAGUAGUAACCACCAUGUAAAGGGAAGUGCACAGAAACGGAGGGAUCUGUUGUCAGUUAUUUUGCGUUCCGCCUUAACUGCAAUAAUUUUCUGCCAAGAACUACCAGGAAAAUUUAAGACAGAAGUUGUUCCAAAGGGGUACGAAUACAGAGAAAACAAACCUGAAGCAGCUGUGAUGUGGGAUAGCAAACAUUUUGACGGCUCAUCCGAGGGAUUAGAGACCGAUAACCCUGAAUUAACUGAAUUGUCGGAUAAGAAAGGCCAUGCAAGCGAGCUGCUGUCUAGAAUUUCGAUGGUCAAACUGACGCCUCUUGGGCAGGAACGUAACGAGAGUAUUCUGGCAGUUUCGUUUCACGGACCCUACAUCGGUAAAACCAAAAAGGAAAGAUCUGAGAUUUUCCAGAGUCUCGCGGAGUUUCUUGAUAAGGUGAUUAAAUUACGACGUAUACGCUCUUACAUCGUCGGUGGGGAUUUCAAUUUUGAUACUCAAGAAGUCGAACCCCCUAGAGAUGUGGUCAUCGCAUCUUUUGAAUCAUCCCCUCGGUCUCAAGAGAAGCAGAAAAAAUCGGCCAGAUUUAUACCGAACAAGGAUAACUUUCUUUGGUACCCGGACAAGGCUGUCAUCAAAGUCUCUUGGACAAGAGCCUUCGUGUUCGGAAAUGAAAAUGAUAAAAGCAGUGACCUAACUAAAGAAGACUACAAAACAGUCCACAAAUCACUGGCUAGUGAAAUAACGAAGAAGACCGAUGCAACCGCAAGCGGGGCAACCGGAACAACCAAAGCAAGUGAAGCAACUGAAGAAACCAAAGCGACAGAUUUGUUGGAUCACGAUCCUGUUGUAGGUGUUCUUGUCUUUCUUCCUCCUCCUAAAGAGGUUCGGCAAGAUCUCUCAAAAACUUUCGAAAACAUAUCGAUGUCAGACAGUCGAGAGGGAGCAGAAGCUGCUAAUCCAGGUACAGAAUAG